UGGUGAUUAUGAAGAAACCCAGAAUUACAUUAGAACCAGAAUUGCUCUGGCUUGUUUAUAACAGCUACACCUACAGCCAGAAUCAUUAUUUAAACGUCUCUUUCAACCUGCAUCCUCUCACUUCUGGCAGCAUCACCUGCUAAUAAUGAUAUUCACAGUGGGGCUCCUGCUCUCCGUUCUUUUAUCAACAGUUUCUUCUCUUUCCUGCAUAACUUGCUCUCAGAAAAACGCUACACUUUGCGAAGGAAUUAGCAUACUAUGUCCUAAUGAAACCCUUUGUGGCUCAUUAUUGUUAUCCAAAACUACAGAUGGACGAACUCAAUCGAAUAUUGCCAGAGGAUGUUUCCAGCAAGAGCAGUGUGGGCAACCUAUGAUAUUCCAAUUUGCUAAUGCCACAUCCAAGCAGAUCAUCUCCUGUUGUUCCGAAGACGAUUGCACUCCACUAGAUGAGCUAUUACCAGUUGAUAUAAACGAGCCCAAUGGAAUGACUUGUCCAACCUGUUUCUCCACACAACCUAAUGGCUGUUUUGCCGAGGAGUCGAUAAAUUGCGCCGGGGAAGAGACCCAAUGCGCCUCUGUUACACUGUCAGGACCCUUAACAGGAGAAGUCUCAUUUCAGGGUUGCUCCGAUGACAAUCUCUGCUCAUACGGCAAUUACAAUCUGAGUGCCAUAACCAGCACCAUUGUCUGCUCCAAUACUACUGACAAUACUACUGACAAUACUACAGACAAUACUACUAACAAUGGAACCAACACUGGAAUCCCAACAAGCAAUUCUACAGCCACCAUUGGAAACACAACCGGAUCUUCUGAUACCAAUAAUACCGUUGAAUAUACAACUAACGCUCCUUUUACUAUUAAUAGUGAUAUUAAGGAUGUCAGUGAAAAUGCUGGAAGUGGUUGCAGUAGAUUUCAGGGUCACUUUUUAUUGUCAGUAGCUGCUCUUUUUGUACUAAUGAACCUAAUAUCUUAAACACAGUCGGGGUCAUGAAUAAUGCUCUAAGGUGGGUACAUUAACUGGCCAUGUAGCAUCCAAUCCAAAAAAUUGAUUUAAUGAAUAUAUCUUAGACCAGUCAACGCUAUGUUAACUACUAAUUGUUUUUAUAUUAGUUGCUACAAUGGGGCCAAUUCUACCAAAUUUUCUAUAAUUAUAUCAAGUUAAAACCACUGUUCCUCUACAGAAAAAUGAUGCAUGUUCUUUAGGGGCAAAUUCAGAUGUUUUAUAAGGUUAUUCCACUUUCUGUAAAUCCUGUGACAUCGUUAUGUCAACAUCUUAUAUUUGAGAUGGAUUAUAGGUGUCUAUGAAGAUUCUCAUUAAUCCAGGUCAUGAUAUACAUUAUCUAGUAGAAUUAAGUCAAAGGCAACUGGAUCUAAAUUCAAAUUUAAUUUGAGUUUUUUUAACUAUAAAAUCCGAAUUUUUUGUGAAAAAAAACUGAAUUUUUUGGAGAUUUAUAAUACCACGAGGAUGAGAAAAAGUCAGAAUUCGACAAUCUCAGACCUGCUGUGGUUGUAAAUAAGUCAAAAGGAGAGGUUCCUAUACUAUUUGGAAGUUUCUGUGGUCUGCGCUGGAAUUAGCCAGAAAAUUCAACUAUUUCGGGCUUUUCGGGGGAAAAAAUCUGAAAAAAUAAGAACUUUUCAUGAAAGAGCAUGAAAAAAUUCAGCAACUCGGGAAUUCUUUUUAAAAAAAACAAACCACCAUAUGAUUCAGAGUUUCACUUGAUUUUAUUAAGUUUUUCCCCAAUCCCUUUAAAUUGUGUUUUUUUAAUAAAAAAAUAAGGUCAA